GGCUUCUUCUCCGCCUCUAUGAUGAAGUUCAAGCCGAACCAGACGCGGACCUACGACCGGGAGGGCUUCAAGAAGCGGGCGGCGUGCUUGUGCUUCCGCAGCGAGAGGGAGGACGAGGUUCUGCUAGUAAGCAGCAGCAGGUAUCCAGAUCAGUGGAUUGUUCCAGGUGGAGGAAUGGAACCAGAAGAAGAACCAGGGGGUGCUGCAGUAAGAGAGGUCUAUGAAGAGGCUGGAGUGAAAGGGAAACUAGGCAGAUUGCUGGGAAUAUUUGAGCAGAAUCAAGACCGGAAGCACAGAACUUACGUUUAUGUUCUUACAGUGACUGAAAUUCUGGAAGACUGGGAAGAUUCAGUUAAUAUAGGCAGGAAAAGAGAAUGGUUUAAAGUUGAGGAUGCUAUCAAGGUCCUUCAGUGUCACAAGCCUGUCCAUGCAGAGUACUUGGAAAAACUGAAAUUAGGGUGUUCAUCAACCAAUGGAAAUUCUGUGGUCUCUUCCCAUCCUGGUAACAGUUCUCUUUAUGUCACUUCUACACAGACUUCUGGGCUGCCCUCUACUGUAAGAUAAAAUCUGAAUUACUUUUGUGUAUGCCAUCACAAGGUGAAAUGUCUUUUGGUGGUAAUGUGCUAUGUGUAUAGUCAUCAAAACCCUGAGUGUGAAUACUUUGUAUGUUCAGGCCUGUUUUUCUUUUUUAGCAAUUUAUAAUAUUUAAUAAGCCAAAGCCAUACAGUGAAUUAAAGAUGCCUUAAAUGGCCCUUUAAAGUAAAAUAUAGCUUAAAUACCUGGAAAAAUAAGAGUGAACUUGUAAUUUGGCUUUUGAGUAUAGCUUAAUUUUUCUUCCUUGUAAAUUUCCUGAAAAUCAAACUGUUCAUUUGGGGAAACUUUACUUUAGUAUAGCCAUUAUUAUUUCCCUACUUCAACAUAGUUAGCUGGAGGAGUAAAGAGGCAGUGGAAAUCAGCAGCAAGUGCCUUCUUCUAUUUCAGGAAGCUUCCUCCUCCCCGGUAUUUCACAUGAAGAUCCUAACCAGAGCAGUGCCAGGU